AUGUAUAGAAUAUAUCCACAAGGAAUGGCUGCACCUUUAAUGAUUGACUCUUUUGGUACUCGAAAAACUGACGAUAAUUAUUGUUUGAAAGAACACAAUUCAAAACAUAUCAAAUCAAAAGAUGAAAAUAAUUUUUGUUUAAAUUCUGGAUUGUGUUAUAGUGCAAAUAAUGGUCCUCGUUGUGAUUGUUUUUAUUCAGAUUAUGAAGGGAGAAGAUGUGAAAAUAAAAAGCCAAGCACAGAAGUAUCAUUUUUUGGGAAUGAAUGGAUAGGCUAUGAUAAUUUACACAAUGAAGGGAAUAAUAAUGGAAUUAAUGAUGAAGACCUUUUGGCUGUUUUGAGUCAACGAGAAAUUUUUAAUAUCUCUUUUAGAGCCAAUUUAUCUAAAAAUUCUCUUCUUUUUGUUGCUGGGGAUUCUAAGAGUAAUUUUAAAUUAACAAUUGAAAAUGGAGAACUUCUAGCAACUCACCAAUUAGCAGAAACUGACAAACGCCUUAUUCGAGUUCAAGAUCGUAACCAACGACUGCCUUUACGUUUUGAUAAUAAUUUAUGGCACAGUGUUUGUGUUAUUAGAGAAUUGAAUUCUGUAGGUAUAAAUUUUGGGAUUUGUAUAGAAAUGAGAAUUGUUAAAAAGAUUUCGCUGAUCAUGAGAGGACAAAGAGUCCGUUCCUUAAUCUUUCUUAUACUUCAUAAUUGGAAUGAAUAUACCGUAUUUCCUGAAAUAGUAUCCAGGAGUACUAUUGCUCUUUUAUAGUUUUUUCAGAUAUAGGGGUGUCUAUUUUAGAAGGGAGUAUCAUUACAGGGGAGUACUAAUUCAGAGGGGAGUACUAUUAUUCAACACACCUACAAAGGGCAGUAAUAUUACAGGGAUACGGUAUUUAAUUAUUUCAUAUAAAGAUAUUUACUCUCAGGCCAAUCAGGACACUUAAUUAAGUGUUGAUAUUUGAAAAUCUUCGAAUAUCCAGAUCAGGAACCGAUAGAGAAGCAAAAAUUUCGGAUAUACGAACGUUUUUUUAUCCUUCACCCUUAGAUAUUAGAGGCCUUACGGCAAACAUUUCCUCAACUACAAUAUUUAAAUUUCUAAAUCUUA